GUAGAGUAUCCUGGUUUUUAAGAGCCUGACUCGACUCAUAUUGCCGCUUAGGACAGGGAUGAGCUAGCGUACUGCCACUCACUCAUCCUGUCAAUCAGUUAGUAGGGGGAAAAAACUCCUCAGAUAAACCGGUAACGCCAAAGACCAAAAGUAGAACAAGAAGCCAGGUUCUGCCUUACAGCUUUUAGGCAAAGACUUUUUUCACUAGAGGAAGUGAGUUAGUGAGUUUCGGAGCAGACGGCGGUAGUCAGGCCACCUGCUCCCCCAGCCUCAGAGACGGGUAACAGAGAGAGUGAGAGAGACUACACAGAGAGAAGCGGCAAGCGGGGGGUAGCAUCACCCCCCCCACCCCCCCACGGAGAUUCUAAGCAUGCUGCUGCUGGAGGGGGCGGAGACCUUUGCAGACCAGCCUCAUACCGCUCCCUUCAGCUCAGAGAAUGAAGCACAGGGAGGGGACUCUGCGGGAUGGCAAUGCACCCCCCCAUCUACCUCAGCCUCGGGGGAGACGCCGUCCCACCCCUCAACGCAACCCCACUCUCGACCGUCCUCACGGCCUGAGAACCAAAUCCCCCCGCAGUCCCUGAGUGAAACCAAGAAGAGGUCCCACUCCAACAAACCCGCACACAUGAGGAGGAACAUCAGAAAGCUACUGAGGGAGCAGCAGUUGGAGACGGUGACCAAAGCUGCCCAGCAGGAGGAGCUGGAGAGGCGGCAGAGGCUGGAACAGCAGAGGAAGGAAGGGCACGUCCCUGUGGCCCUGCUACCUGAGUACACACCAGGACAUCUGUCUCAGAGUGUGUCUACUCGCCUGGCCAAACGGGAUCAUGCGAUCUGCCUGGACACCAGUAACAGAGGCACUAACGUCAGAGAAGACAACUCCAAAGCUCUGGUCCCAGAAGCACACGCCCCCAAAGAAGACGUGAUCGAGCUCAGCUCCGGCGAGGACGACGCCCUACAGAUCAGCAGCGAGUCCACCAAUGAGGAGGAGGAGCGGUCGGAGGAGGCCAGCGGCGCCCACGUCAACGACGCUGUAAACCAACCGGACGCCCUGGGGCGUGUCUUGGUCAACCUGAACCACCCUGCUGAGGAGGUAGACCUGUUCCUCUCCCCUCAACUGGUCCGGGCCGUCAAACCUCACCAGAUCGGUGGGAUCCGGUUCCUGUAUGAUAACCUGGUGGAGUCUCUGGAGAGGUCUAAGCGCAGCAGUGGCUUCGGCUGUAUCCUUGCCCACAGCAUGGGCCUGGGCAAGACCUUGCAGGUCAUCUCCUUUAUAGACAUCCUGCUUAAACACACGCAGGCCCACACCGUGCUCGCCAUCGUUCCUGUCAACACGUUACAGAACUGGCUGGCUGAGUUUAACCUCUGGGUCCCUUCCUCUGAGGCAUUACCUGCAGACAUCAACCCCGCCCACUUCUCCCCGCGCAUCUUCAAGGUCCACAUCCUGAAUGACGAGCACAAAACCACGGCCAGCAGAGCGAAGGUGAUCUCUGACUGGUCGCUGGAUGGCGGCGUGCUCCUGAUGGGGUAUGAGAUGUACCGCCUGCUGUCCCUGAAGAAGAGCUUUGUGGCGGGCCGGAAGAAGAAGUCCAAGAAGCCCCAAGGACCAGUGGUCAUUGACCUGGACGAAGAGGACCGGCAGCAGGAGCUCCUCAAAGACAUAGAGAAGGCCCUGUCUCGCCCAGGCCCGGACGUGGUGAUCUGUGACGAGGGCCACCGCAUUAAGAACUGCCACGCCAGCACCUCGCAGGCCCUGAAGAACAUCCGUACCCGGAGACGUGUGGUCCUCACGGGAUACCCACUCCAGAACAACCUGAUAGAGUACUGGUGCAUGGUGGACUUUGUCAGGCCUGAUUUCCUAGGUACCAGGCAGGAGUUCAGUAACAUGUUUGAGAGGCCCAUUCUGAACGGGCAGUGUGUGGACAGCACGCCUCAGGACGUCCGGUUGAUGAGAGACCGAAGUCAUGUCCUCCAUAGCCUGCUGGAAGGCUUCGUCCAGAGGCGUGGCCAUAACGUGCUGAGAGACCAGCUUCCCUCCAAGGACGAGCAUGUGAUCAUGGUGCGCCUGUCGCCCCUGCAGAGGGCCCUCUACACAGAGUUUAUGAACCGCUUCAGAGAGGCAGGCAACAGCGGCUGGCUCAGCCUUAACCCACUCAAGGCCUUCUGUGUGUGCUGCAAGAUCUGGAACCACCCAGACGUGCUGUACGAGGCGCUGCAGAAGGAGAAUCUGGCCAAUGAGCAGGACCUGGACCUGGAUGACAUCACCAACGGCCACGCCCGCUGCCCAGCCCCCAACCAGAAGGGCAAGACCUCGGAGGACCCCAACAGCAUCGGAGGGCUGAGUCUCAACGCUCUGCAGGAGAAGGCCAACCAGGUCAUCACCUACGAAUGGGCGAAGGAGAUCAUGUCUGACUAUAAACCCGGGCUCUUGGAGAACUCUGCUAAGAUGGUCCUGCUGUUCCACCUGAUCGACGAGAGUGUGAGGAAGGGAGACAAGAUCCUGGUGUUCAGUCAGAGUUUGUCCACCCUGUCAGUCAUCGAGGAGUUCCUGGCCAAGAGGCCCAUACUGGCAGGCAGCGCCAGAGAGGGCUACAACCAAAACUGGGUCCGAAACCACAACUACUACAGACUGGAUGGGAGCACAUCUGCUUCAGAGAGAGAGAGGCUCAUCAACCAGUUCAACGACCCGUCCAACACCUCCGCCUUGAUCUUUCUGCUGUCCACCAGGGCUGGCUGUCUGGGUGUGAACCUGAUCGGGGCUAACCGCGUGGUGGUGUUUGAUGCCUCCUGGAACCCCUGUCACGACGCCCAGGCCGUAUGUCGGGUGUACCGCUACGGCCAGAAGAAACCCUGCCAUAUCUACCGCCUGGUCUGUGACUUCACCCUGGAGAAGAAGAUCUACGACCGACAGAUCUCCAAGCAGGGCAUGUCCGACCGAGUGGUGGAUGACCUGAACCCGGUUCUGUCGUUCACGCGAAGGGAGGUGGAGUCUCUGCUGCACUUCGUGGAAGAGGAGCCUGACGUGUCACAGGUGCAACUACAGCCACACCAGGAGAUAGAGACAGCCAUCAGACAGGCCUGCCAGCUCUACCCUCACCUUGUCACCAAGCAACCCUUUCACCACGAGUCUCUCCUGAUGGAGCGAUGGGAGAUGAAACUCACCAAAGCCGAGAAGAAGGCCGCCAAGAAGAGCUACGAGGAUGAGAAGCGUGCGUCGGUGCCCUACACGCGCCCCUCUUAUGCCCACUAUUACCCUGCCAGCGACCAGAGCCUGACAAAUAUCCCUGCCUUCAGCCAGCGCAACUGGCGCCCACCCCCCCGACAAGAUGAGAAGCCGGUGGCCAGUGUCCGCCCAGUUCAGUCGACUCCAAUUCCCACGAUGCCUCGCCAGGCGUCUCACAGCUCUGCCCCCACAGCAGACUCCGACUCCAGCUCGGGCUUUCCCGUCAACUACCUGCAAAAGGCGGGCGUAUUCGUCCAGAAGAUCGUCACCACCACAGAUAUCGUGAUACCUGAAACCAACAUUUCAACUGAUGUUAAGGCCAGUAUCAGUGCAGGAGAGAGCAUCCACGUCAUCAGAGGAACGAAAGGGACCUACAUCAGGACUUGUGAUGGGAGGAUAUUUGCCAUCCGCACUAGAAGCAAGCCCAAGGCAGGGGAAGAGAGCUCAGCUGCUGCACCCAAAGACACCCAGAAGGUAUCGGAGGAGGCCUCCGCCAACAGCUGUGUGACUCGCCUGCUCUCCCCCGACAGCCCUGAAAUCCUGAGUGAACUCCAGAGGUACGAGGCUGCAACCAGAAUCAAGGCCCAGCAGGGCUCCAAGGCUUCGUCUGCAGGUGCAGCGGCUCCACAGGAGAAGGCACCGGCGGAGAGCAACAAUGGCAGCAGGAUAACUAGCCAUGCCAAGCCCUGGAGUGAUGCCUCCGCCCCGGCCAAGCACAGCACAGAUGCCAUUGCUGCCCUGGACCUGAGGGGCACCAAGCGCAAGGCCUGCACCCCGUCCAACAUCGAACGGGCCAACAAAAAGCAGCCGGCCCCCAGCAAGCGCACCUCGGCCCAGUUGCCCCCCCAGGCUUUUCCCUUCGCGGCGGGCUAUGACCUCCCACCCAUGGGCCUCAACCCAGCCAUGCUGGGCUCCAUGGGGCACCCCAUAUUCAUGGGGGUCGGCUUGCCCUACUUCCAGUCCCACAGCCAGCAGGGUGACCACCGUCUCAUGUUCCCCAUGACUCCCGACCCCUUCGGCUUGGGGGACGGCACCCUACCUAGAUCCUCCUCCACCAUCACCUCCUCGUCUGCCCCUGACUCGGCCUCCCUAGCUCCCUUCAUGCUGGGUGCUGGUAUGGCUGGCAUGCUGCCCCCAGGUUUCCCCAUGUCCUACGGCCAGUCUCUGUGCAUGUAUCCUAACUUGCUGCUCCCCAGGGAGCUACCGGCCGCCACCCCUGGCCCCGCUGGCUCCAGCUUCUUCUCCCACUUCCCCUCCUCCUCCGGCCUGAUGGGGGCAGGGCUGGGUUGCUCUGUUGCCCACGGCUCGGCAGAGAACGCCGGUGGAAGCAGCUCAGACAGCAACAACGACGAUGAAGAUGAUGAUGAUGUCAUUGAGGUGAUGGGACAAUGAGAGCCUCCAACCGUAGAAAAGAGGCAUGUGGGUUGUAGGGGACAGUUAGUGGAGUUGCUGGGGCUUGGAGAGCUGAAGAGAAAGGGAAGGAACAACCAAGCCCACCUCCUCCACUAAGACCUAUUCCCCAUCCCAAAUGCAACAUGCACACCUUUCAGAAAACGAGAAUCUGUGUUGGAAUAUAACAAACUGGACCAAGCACCAAAUCCUUAUGCUGAAUAUCUUAUUUAAAAAAAUGUAAGACAAAUCUGAACGUAUAUGAUGAAGAAAAAUGAACUUGGGGCUUCCAAAAUGUUGUCCUGUACUGGCAUUUGCAAAUCACUGAAACAAGCGACUGCUGGGAUUGGACCUGCAAAUCACUUCUUUGUCUUCUAUUAAAAACAAAUGUUCCCAACAGUUGAUGACAGACUAGGUUAAUAACUAACUGACAAUAGACUAGAGUUAAUAUGUCAAUUUUAUAUACGUAGUUGGUAGUAAUUAUUGUAUGGCGCAAAAUAUCAGUUACAUGAUAUUGUUCUUGAUUGUCAUUAUAUGCUACUGAAUAUUAUUUUAUAUAGUAGUCGUACUCUAAACAUGUCACAACUGUUUUCAAAAUUGAUUUGAUUUGCCCUUGAAUUUACUGCGUUUCGUUUUUCAGACAAUUGCCUACUUGAGACUCAACUCAAAGAAACAGUUAGGCUCUUUGUUGGGUGAAAAACUGAGUCAAAAACCUUAAACUCAAAGAAUGUAUGCUUAUUUACGACUUUAACGCAGACCUUGGGGACAGACAUCACACUUGGGAAGAUCUGAUUUCGAUUUUUGAUAUGUCAUCUACAUUUUUCAAAUGUACACAUCAUCUAAAGGCGACGAUGUGAAAACUGUGAUCUUGCUAAGCUCCAACUGUCCGAAGGGAGCUGAAUUGAAAAUGCCUUGCCUCUGUCUGUCUCAAUGUUACCUAGUGGGAGUAGAGAAACAGCGAGACGGGCAGUCCUAGGACCUGGAUCUCACCCAUAGUCUUACUGUAGCUUUGCUAAGUGAUGCAAAUAUAACGCAUGAACCCUCUGGUGGUCAGGUGGGUCACCUGUCUACUUCUCUGUCUGUUUCUGCAUCGUGUACCCAAGGGUUCUAGAGUAGAGAACUUCUGUCAUAAUGACUCGCUCUGCCUUGUGGAUAGCAUGAACACUCGUUUUCAGUUCCUUUUUCUCAUCUUUGGCGUAUGUGAUUUCAAUGGAAAAACAAACAGGGUUCAAGAGAUCAUUGUCAAACCAAAAUCAUUUGAGAGAAGUCAAAAAUAGCUGUGCCAAAAAAAGCACAACUUAAAGCACUCUUCAGAGAGGAUCAUUCUCUGAAGCGACCAAACAUCACCGUCAACUGCUAUUGGCCUAGAGAAGAGGGUUUCUUUCCCUAAUUUGGUCACAGUUUGUCAUUAUAGACUUAUUAAGCUCAUUGUAAAAGAUUAUGCUGGCUUAAGACUUCACUGUGUAACAAAGGUUAAGUAUUCAAAGUAUAUUGAUUUAGAGAGGGGGGAGUCAGGUCUGUGACCUGGUUCUGUUUAAUAAACAACAGAACUUUUCAUUUCUGUUACUGCUGACUGUGUUAUUGCCCCCCUCAUUACAUACGUAGGCCGCCUACUGUCUCAUGCCGCAUUCACGUGCUAGUUGGAACUAUGAAGCUCGGAAAUGUCCAACUUGCUAACUGGUUGAACGCAGCAUGUGUAUAACUACAAUCAAUUAGCAAGUCGGGAAAUGUCUGACUUUCCGACUAGCAUGUGAACGCGGCAACUACCCAACACUUUGGGAAGAACAGCCCACCACCUCCACCAAGUCCCUAGCCUUGAGUCUCUUCAGCAAGAGCUUUAAACUCCAGUAAUUGCAUUUAUUAUGAGACCCUUACAUCAUCAGACUUGUUCAUCUUUUCAUACCAUACUUAAGGUGUUAACUGACCUGUUCUUUUUAUUUUUUUAUGUACCACUUUUAUUAUGUACCACUUUUAUUUAUGACAGUGCAUAUUUAUUCAUUCCUUUUUUUGUUCUGUUUUUGUAAGGGAAAUUUUUAUGUUCAUUUACUAGAACACGUCGAUUCGUGUUACAUGACUUGAGAAAUGCGAUAUUAAUAGACGUCUGACCCAUAAGUGUGUGAAUUUCAGGACCAACCAGUCAAGGUGGUCGAACAGAUAGAAAAUUGAAUCCAGUGCUUUUGUUUUGUUUUUAUUUAUGUUCAUAUCAUCCAGAUGUUCAUGUGAAUCUAUCUAUCCUAAUUGCAAAUGAAAGGUAGUUUCCUCAGUAUUUAUUAAUCUUCGGUUGUUGAACCAACUGUUUUUUUCCCAUAGAUUUCUACCUGAAUUUAAGUAUUUAUUUAUAAAUCAAUUCAGUCGGCGACCAACUGACUCUCUUAAUUCCAUUUAUUAAAGUCAAGCUGCUGUCUUGAGGAGAAUGGCUGGAAGAGCCUGUAUGUAGUUAGUGAAUGGACAUGUAACAGGCUUUUAGAUAAAGAAAAUUUAGUUUCUAAAUAAAAUAAUGUUUUGAAUGGCAUUUCAAUUUCAUUUACUUUGAUAACAGUUACUCUAAUUAAUGACACAGGUUCUCAAGCACGAGUUGAACAUAAGUAACUCUUUCACUAAACUGAUGUUCUUUUCAACUUGGUUGGGGGGGAAUAGACACUGUGUCUGAAACUGAGCUUAUAGUCUAGAGACAUGUCCAUCAGAUGACAUUACCUAAAAUCAGAUGAAGAGGGCAAAAUUGAGUAUAGCUCAACUCAAUCUCCUGUCCUAGACGACAAUCCAUAGCAACAGGUUCAAACAAAACUGAAAUCGUUACACGGAGACUGGUUUACUGUUCUGUAUUUAAAAUUAAUUCAUAGUUGUCUAUUGCAUGCUUUUAGUGUUUAUAUUAGCUUUGGUGACAUGAGCUGUCUGCAAGCCGAUGAUUGCAUGUUUUGACUACGAAACUGAAAUGAUUUACAUAGACUUUAUCAAUCAUUUCGGUUACUAGUCCAACGCUCUAACCACUAGGCUACCUGCCACCCCCAUAUAUGACCUAUAUAGUUAAUUCAUAUUGCAUAGAAAUUACUUAUAAUUAACUACCAUAUUACUUAAAUUAUCCUUCCAAAAAAUUGUAAUUAAGAAUGGCCAAUCAGCAGUCUACUUGCCCACACCAUUCCAACAUAGAAAAGCUGAAAAUCAGCUUUUCUAUGUUGGAAUGGUGUGUGCUUAUACCGGUCACAUGGUGUGGGCAAGUAGACUGCUGAUUGGCCAGCUCAUCCUCUAUGAGGAAAUGUUUGUUUGAGAUACAAGUUUGAGGUGGUGUUUUAAGUGUUUUUUUGGCCACUGUAUGAGUUAACAGAAUAUUAACUUUUAAAAGGGAGAUUUUCACUGGACAGUUGCUUUAAUUACUUACAAGCCUUAGAUUUCAUCAUUAGCUAUGCAAGCAGAAUCUGUUAAAUUGUAUUUAAAAACAAGUGCUUUUAUCUUCUCAUUAUGAUAAUACUUAUUUGAGAAAUAAAUAAGAAUUUAAAUGGACCCAACAUACAGUAUCUUAUGUAAAAGGAAUUCCAUGAUGUCUGCUUAUUCCAUGAAACUUGGCCAUAGUGGACUGGAUGUCACUUGACUUGUUUACCGCUCUUUGGUGUUGUAGCUCUGUGUUGCCCUCUGAUCUAUACUGUAAGGUUUUAACGCCUUGGGAAUGGUAGAUGCAGGCAGAGAUCUGGGAAUAUCUAUGUUACACUGCCCUGGUUUUUUGGCUGAGUUUGGGUCUUCUUACAUGUCCUAGUACCUUGGAUAUUCAUGUUUAAAUGUCUAUUGAAGGAUUUCAGCGUUUGAGUUGCUUGCCCUUGGCCUUUACAUAAGUCAAACAUGUAUUUGGUUCAGUCAAAUUGUCCCCCUCGCCAUCAUUGCACACUCAUGAUUUAACCUCACUGUACCCGUGGUUUGUCUUUGAUUCUGUAGAAGCAGAACUGUUAUUCUGAGAGAAUUUGAUCAAUAUGCAAAAAGGUGACAAUGACAUUUGAAACACACAUCAGAGCAGUACAGUUGUGUCCGGCGUGUGGCUAGCGCUCUUGUUCUUCCACUGAGGCAUCCCAGAUCCUUGCAUGUCUCAUCUGGGUCUUGAUAGAAUGGUCUUUUAGUCAUGUUUUCAGCACUGUAAGUGGACAAGGUCAUUUUAAUAGUGUUUAUUUUUCACAUGAUUGUGUUGUUUAAGGGUGUAUACAUUUGUAUGGAUGUCUUCACAGAGGACAGUUUCCAGUUUGUUUCAAGUUUUAUUAGUCGUAUGUACGGGACACACAUUGUAUACUUCGUCCAACAAAAUGCUUACUUGCAUACGCACCAUUGUUCUUAGCUAGUCAAAGGUCACUCACUUGGGCUUCUGUGGUAGCCAACCAUUACUCACUUUGCAUUUUCUGCCAGUGAGCUAUUAACGUUAUCUUAGUUUGAUUUCCAGUAGUGGAAAAAGUACCCAAUGGUUAUACUUGAGUAAAAGUAUAGAUACCUUAAUAGAAAGUUACUCAAGUAAAAGUUAGUCACCCAGUAAAAUACUACUUGAGUAAAAGUCUAAAGGUAUUUGUUUUUAAAUAUACUUAAGUAUCAAAAGUAAAUGUAAUUGCUAAAAUAUACUUAAGUAUUAAAAGUAAAAGUAGUGAAUAUAUAUAUAUAUAUUUAUUUAUUUUAUUUUUUGUUUUGUUUAGAUAGCCAGGGGCACACUCAGACAUUAUUUACAAAUGAUGCAUUUGUGUUUAGUGAGUCCGCCAGACCAGAGGCAGUAGGGAUGACCGCGUGUUCUCUUGAUAAGUGUGUGAAUUUCAUCGUUUCCCUUUCCUGCUAAGAGUUAAAAAUUAAAUAAGUACUUUUGGUUGUCAGGGGAAAUGUAUGGAAUAAAAAGUACAAUGCUUUCUUUAGGAAUGUAGUGAAGUAAAAGUCGUCAAAAUAGUAAACUAUAGAUACGCCUAAAAACUACUUAAGUAGUACUUUAAAGUAUUUUUACUUAAGUACUUUACGUCACUGUUGAUUUCAGAUCAGAUUUUGCCAGUGCUCCGUCUGUGAUGUUUGAUUCUUGUAGCAUUCUGAUGUCAGGGUUUUGUCUUUUUUUAAGUCUUGAGAAAUGUGAAUUCUUCUGUCAUUAUCUUUUUUAUUAUGGAAAUUAAUUACUGAAUAAAAUGAAUGUGUAUGUGGUUA